CUCCUGUUCUUCACAGCUGUGUGUGGUGUAUCUCCAUACGUUCCUCAUCGGUAUCACUUUGUGAAUGAGAGUAAAACCUGGACUGAAGCUCAGAGCUACUGCAGACAGACCUACACUGAUCUGGCCACCAUCAACAACAUGGACGAGAUGAAGAAGCUGAACGAGCUGCUGCAGGGUAAAGCUAAGAGCUCGGUUUGGAUCGGCCUGAGCAGGGGGAGCACUGUGAAGUGGUGCUGGUCUCUGGCGAGGGACAAUCCCAGCACACAGAAUAUAACGUACUUCAUCUGGGAAGGAAGAGACCCAGACAACAGAGGAGGAAUUGAGUUCUGUGUUGCAUCCGCUGCAUACGGCUGGUUUGAUGCCAUGUGCUUGACUCAAUAUAAAUUUAUGUGCUAUGAUGAAAAGAUGACGGGCUCUGACAGAUACAUACUCAUCAAUGAGAAGAAGAGCUGGAGUGAAGCUCAGAGCUACUGCAGAGAACAUCACACAGACCUGGUCAGUGUGAGGAACCAGACUGAGAACCAGCAGAUCUCCAAAAUUACAAAUUUUGGAACUGCUUGGAUUGGGCUGUUUAAAGACACCUGGGAGUGGUCGGAUCAGAGCAGCUCCUCAUUCCGAUACUGGAAGUCUAAUCCUGGUGGGAUUGAGAACUGCACCACGGUGUCAGUGACUGACCAGGGUCUCUGGCGUGAUCAGAACUGUAGCAUCGUUUCCCCAUUCGUCUGCCAUGAGGAUAAGCUGGUCUUGAUUCAGCAGAAUCUGAGCUGGGCAGAUGCUCUGAGAUACUGCAGAGAGAAUCAUGUGGACCUGGUCUCAGUUCACUCUGAGGAGAUCCAGCUCUGGGUGAAGGAUGUGGCUCAGAAAGCCUCCACUGAUCAUGUGUGGCUGGGUCUGCGUCACACCUGCACUCAGGGAUUCUGGUUCUGGACGAGUGGGUUUUCCGUCUGCUAUCAGAACUGGGCUCCAGGUAACGGUGCAGAGGGAGAACACUGUGAGCCUGUGGUCAGAACCGGAGCGGUGCAGGCUAGAGGAGAUCAGAAGUGGGUCAGCCUGCCUGAGAACCAGACUCUCAACUUCAUCUGCAUCAAAUAUGAAGAUUAGUCGUGAGUGUGCGGUGCUGAAUUAUCCAUUCUGAUUACAUAUAAAUCCUUUAAUUAUUAUUAUUUUUAUUCUAUUAUAUUUGAAAGCUGGGCAAGUGUAAUGAAGUGUAAUGAAGUGUAAUGAAGUGUAAUGGGAUGGAGUGUAGCUACAGACUGGUAGCUCUCCAGCCCAGAGGGUUGUUGAACCCAAUUGCAGAACAGUUGAUCUCAAAGCAGGUAAACCCAAGAAGAAAGGAAAAAUAAAUGAAUAAAUAAACACACUGCUCCUCACACGGGAUCCAACCCGUGUCGUCAGGGUCGCACUCCAAUACACUACCGCUGCGCCAGUUAGUGAAUUGGGACAUAGCCGGGAAAAAAACGCCCUUAUAAGGAGAUAGGGAGAAGGGAAAACGAG